AUGAGCCGGCCCGAGACGCCGAGCGCUCCUGCGAUGGAGCCGCUGGUGCGUGUCGCAACGCGACAGGCGCACGCGCGUGCCGAGCCUGGCGCGCUGCGUGCCACGCCGUCGAUCAGUACGCUUUCGGUCGUGUCGCCCCCCCAAUCGAUCCUUGACCGCCUGAGCCUGCGCGACAAACCGGGAGCUGUCGACGAUGCAGAUGCAGUCUGUGGCUUCCUCAAACGUAGCACAGGGCCAUGGUCGCUGGCAUGGUGGUCCGAUGCGAUUCCGAAGCAGCGGACGCGCAACGAGCCCGGCCGCGGCUGGCGCCCGUUCAAGGCGGUGCUUGCGCACGACACGCUCUUCUUUUACAAGGUCCCGAGCGCGCUCGUGCCGGAAGUGCGCGCCACCUUUCAAGUGCGCUCGUCGAUGUGGCCCAGCGGGCUGGAGGAGGACGAAGAGACGGCCCAUGCGACGUCGUCUCCGUCGACGCCGCAGGCCAGUGCACUGCACUCGCCGUCGGUCCAUAUCGACUCGGUGCAGGUGGCGACGUGGGACAGCCCUGCCCAGCACCCUGAGCUGUGCCUCGUACGCGCUGGCGUGCAGCCCGCGAGCUGGACGGCGCGGAUCGAGCGUGCGACCGGCGCGGCGCUGGCGCACGAGCUCGUGUUUGGCACACAGCGUGCCGUUACGGCCACCUCGUCCAACGACUCGCUGCGUGCGCAAGACAAGGACGAGCGCACGUUUCUGCACAUUGUGUUUUACGCGCUCGGCACGUCGCCCGUCUCGUUUGACGUGUUUUUAAAGCACGUACGUCUGUCGCUCCUUCUCGCCGAGCGCCUCGGCUGCGUGCCAUCCGACUUGGGGUGCACGCGCCGCAUCGCUGCGUUCCUCGAUCUGCUCUUGUGGAAGCGCCCUCAGAUCCCGGCCGGGCACACCUCGCUCUUCUUCCACGAGGCCGACCAGCUGACCACGGCACUGUCAAAACACGAGCCCAAUGCUUGUGCGUCGAUCGCGCGCCAGAUGCGCGUGUGGCACGACGCAAGCGCUGCAGGCGACCUGUGCGUCCCGACCAACUGGGUGCCGGACGCGCCGCCGCGUCGCGCCGUGCCGUGCCGGGCUUUGCAAGGCCUCUAUGCGUGCUGGAGCAUUCCCUUGCUGCUCUCGCGCGAUCCGUUUGAGAUCGCGCAGCAGAUCCAAGUCUUUCACGCGGACCGCCUCGCGGCGUUUGUGCGUGUGCCGAUUACGGCGUACCGCAUGGCGAGCGCGGUGACCGAGUCGCUUCUUCGUUCCCUACGCUUUGAUGCGUCGCGGCCGCACUGGCUUACGCACCUCGUCCUGCGCCAGCUGCUCGUCGACGAAGCGCCCGAGCGCCAGGGCGCUGCGGAACGCGCACCAGUGCUGCUGCACUGGGCCGCCGUCGCACGCGCCUCACGCCGUCUGCAGGACCAUGCGGCGUGGGCGGCGAUCUGCGCUGCGCUGUGCUCGCGCGCCGCGGCAUGCAUCGAGGCGCUGUGGCACGACGUUCCGCCCGGCGUCCGCUUUGAGCUCGCGGGAUGGGCCACGGACCUCGCGGGCCUGGGGUGGGUGGAAGGCGUGCACACCUCGCUCAGCACGCAGUGGGCCGACGACCCUACCGUGGGCAUCCCGUUCCUGGGCAAUGCGGGCCUCGCGCAGGCUGCGGCGCCGCACCUCGGUGCCAAGGCACAGGCGGCGCGCAUGGAAGUGCAGAUCGCUGCGCAGGAGCCCGAGUUUAAUCGUGUGCGUGCGCUGGCGCAGCGCAUGACGACGGUCUAUCCCCGUACGCAGCCGGUGGAAUGCGUGGCGCCGAUCGCCGAGUACCAGUGCCUCUUUCAGCGGCUUGCGCAGCACGAAUACCCUUUGCACACGGGCGUGACCGACUACCUCGGCAGCGCGGUGCUGGCCGGCGGCCUCCCCGAGCGCGGGCGCAUGAGCGACGUCGCCUGGGCGGACGGCGCUCAGCUACCCCUCUUUCCGACGCUCUUUCCGGCGGCGCUUCCCGGCGCUGCCGGGGUGGGCGCGUGGCCGGCUUUGCCGUUGUGGACGGGUCGCUACGAUAGCCGUGGCGAGCAUGUUCGUAUCAGCGAGAGUCUGCAGCUCCGUGCGCUUCCGGACCGUGCGCCCGAUUCGCUCGCGUCGCCUUUGGUCGUCGCGAAGCGCAUGUCGCAGGACAUGAGCAACGAAGCACUCGCCGGCCUCGCGCGCCUCGCGGAUGCCUCGCACUUUGCUGUCGAAAUUGCCGCGGCGAGUACGGCACGCAUCGUCGAUGUGCUGGCGCUUGGUGCCGCGCACCUCGUGGUGCGCUCGCCGCUGCCUGACCGCGAGCCGCCCGAGUUCCGUGUGCUGAGCAUCGAGCUGGACCGCACCGCGUUCUGCGACGCGAUCCUCCUUUCGCGCCCAAACAUCCUCUCGAGCACGCAGCUGCUCGAGGCGCUGCGGCUGCGCUGGGACACGGCGGAAAGUGCGAGCCGCGAAAUGCAGUGGCAUGCGCGCAACCACGUCCCGAACCAGUACCCCACCUGGAACGACGCAGUCAAUGCGCCGUUUGCGCGCGAGGCGACCGACUGGGCGAUGGUCGCGACGAUUCGUGGGAAUAUCCUCGCGACGCUCGAACGCUGGAUGGCGCAGUGUCCCCACGACUUCCUCGCCGAUCCGAUCCUCUUUGAAGGGGUGUAUGCGUUCCUAUGUGACGCGCGCGCAGAGUGCGACGCGAGCCUUUCCGACAUUCCCGAGCUCCUCGAGACACUCGAGCGUCUGCGCACAGAGUACCCCAAGCUGGCGGUGACGACCAUGGCCGCGUAUUCGUACGCGCCCCGAGUGCCGCACGAGGCAGGCGUCGAGUGGACGUCGAGUGCAGAGCUGUACAUCUUCCUCGAGUCGGUCCUUGCGCCGGUGUAUGCGGCACUUGGGGAUGCGGAUCUCGGGCGUGCAGCACUCUCUCUUUCCCACGUUCCCCCGGCGGGAUGGUGCGCGGCGGCCCAGGCGCUCGCGAGCCAAGGCACGCCGCGGACGUUUGCGACCCUGGUGCGCCUGCUGCCUGCGCCGAGCGCACAAGAAGACACGGGCCUUUUGGACACGCUUCCCCUUUGCGUGCGUGAGCUUUGCGAGAUGCACGAGACGGUCCGUGCGUGGCUCGAGGCGCAGGUCGCGACGUCGCACGACCGUGCGCGCCGCCUCGCGAUCCUCCUAGAAACAGCGGGCAUGGCGCGUGCGCACAUGGCGAAAGACGUCGGCGGCCUUCCCGACGCGCCGCUGCCGCUGUCCAUGAUCGAGUCGGUGAUUGCCGAUGUGCUCGUCGCUCCUGCGAUUACGGCCCAGCACGCGGUCUGGGAGGCGGUGUCUGAGCGCAUUCCGGCGCUCGCCAUGGCCAUCCAGCCGAGCCCGGUGUCCCAGGCGCGGUGCACGCCGGACAUUUAUUGGAUGCUUGCGUGGCUUGCAUCGAUGAGCAUGCGGCAGCCGGUGCACGCCAGCGGCGAUCUCGUGUCGCUUGCGUAUCCCAUGAUGGUGCGCGACAUGGCGCGUGUGAUGCUGCGGCAGCGUGCCGAGGCAGUGUACGCGCAACAGCACCUCGCCCGGGCCUAUGCCCGCCUCGGCGCGAUGCGCGACGUACGCCGCCCAGCGGUGCCGCCUUUCAGCAGCGCCCCGCCGCCCGCGCUCCUCGUUCCGCUGCUGCAGGCAUACGAAGCCAAGGUCGUCGCGCUCGCCGCGAUCGAGCCGCCCGCCGUGGACACGCACGCGCCACCGCCGCCGCUCGAGCUGCCGCGUGCGCAGCUCGACUCGCCGCUGCCGGCGCUGCCGGCGCCGUCGCGUACCGACGCGCUGCUUGCUGCAGUGCCGACUGCGCGCGUCUCCAGCGUCUUUUCGUGCAAAGGCGCGCUGAUUCGGGUGUGGCCGUACGAGCGGCACCCGUACGUGUUCGAGAUGGUGCUCCCAAACGGCACGCGGUGUGCGCUCAAAGUGCCCGACUAUGCUUCGUUCUGCCACUGGCUCGCGCGCCUGCAAUGUGCGCCGCACGUCCGCCUCGACGGUGAGUUUGACGCGGGCGAGUACGCUGCGCAGGUGUCCGAGCACCAGGGGCGUGCCAACGUUGCGGCGCUCUUCCAAGUCUCGCUGCGCGAGCUGUACCAGCGCUACCACAGCGCGCUUCCUCCCGCGAUCGAGUGCCUGCUCCAAGAGAUCGAAGCGCGCGGCGUGCACGAGCAAGGGAUCUACCGUAUCUCUGGCUCGAAGCAGGCGGUGAGUGCGCUGCAAAAAGCGCUGCGUACGCAGCCGAUGCACACACUUGCGCUGCGGCGUGUCGACGUGCAUGUUAUUGCGAGUACGAUCAAGCUAUGGCUGCGCGAGCUCCCGGAGCCCGUUGUUCCCUAUGCGUUCUACCACCAGCUGGUCGACACGGAAGAAAUCAGCGACCAAGCGCGCCGUGUGCGUUCCAUGAGCCGCUUGGUGCGGACGCUCCCCAAGAGCCACUACUAUGCGCUCGAGCGCUUUGCGGCGCACCUGUCGCUCGUCGCGCGCAACUCGAAAGUGAACCUGAUGGCGCCCCACAAUAUCGGGCUUGUCUUUGGCUCAACACUCCUCUCCCCCCCACCGGCGGCCGGCAGCGUGGCCGAAGGCUUCCACCGCCUCGGCCAGGCCGCACACGUGGUCAAAAUUCUCGUCGUGAUGCACCGCCAUAUCUUCCCAGAGCCAGCGCACGGCCAUGGCUUGGCGAUCCUUUCCCCUGGCAUUGAUUUCUCCAAGGUGGCCUCCUCGCUCUCUUUGGUGGCCGCCAACUACAAGCCCGUCCCCGUGGUGCAAAAGUCGUCUUCGGGCUCCUCCAGCAGUGGUGCGCGUGUGGCGCAGGUGCAGAACGGUAACUCGGAGCAGGAUUCGUCGUGGGGCCUGCCCUCCAUCCUGCACCUGCCCCAGACGUCGUCGUCGACGAACACGAGUGGCCGCCAGCUGGCUAGCAACAACAAUCAGAGUGGCAAGUCGGUCGGCAACAGCGGCUGCACCAUCGUCGACGAGUACACUCCGAAGGGCAGCCUCAACGUUCAGUUCCCCAGUUUCAACAAGACGCGCGCCAACAUGAUGCGCUACCGUGAGCAGAUCGGUGUCAACACCGGUUCGUGGUUUGUGCUUGAGAACUGGAUGGCGGGCUCGCUCUUCAAGUGCGCUGCCGGCAGCAAGUCUGCUGAGCUCGACGUGCUGAACGGCUACGGUACGUCGUCGAAUGGUAUCAAGUCGGCGCGUGCCUUGCUGGAGAAGCACUGGGACACUUUUAUCACGGAGGAGGACUUUAAGACGAUGAAGUCGGUGGGUAUUAACACCGUCCGUGUCCCCAUUGGUUACUGGAACGCUGGUGGAAACCACACCAAAGACUCGCCCUUCAACGACUACACCGAGGUGUACACCAACACGUGGAAGUAUCUGAAGCGUGCGAUCUACUGGGCCGACAAGUACGACAUCGGUGUGCUGGUCGAUCUCCACGGAGCGUACGGUUCGCAGAACUCGCAGGCUCACUCUGGUGUCUCGACCGGUGGCGUGCAGUUCUACAACAAGAAGAACGAGAACCUGACCAAGAACUUCCUCCUGUUCCUUACCAGGGAGUUUGCCAACGUCACCAACGUGGUCGGCAUCGAGCUGCUGAACGAGCCGCAGAACAACGACAGGCUCUGGCCGUGGUACGGAAAGACGAUGGACGCCAUGCGCAAGGUUAACUCGUACGCCGAGGAUCUUCCGCUGUACUUCCAUGACGCCUUCUCGCCCAGCCAGGGUGCCAAGUUUGUCAACGGCCGUUCGGACUUUGUGGUGCAGGACACGCACAGCUACUUUGUGUUUACCAAGCAGGACCAGUCGACGAACGUGAACAAGCACACCUCGCAGAUCAAGGGCCCGAUCCUGAACGCGAUGCAGAGCACCUCGAAGACGGCUCGUGGCAACAUUGUGGUCGGCGAGUGGUCUUGUGCACUGAACCCCAACUCGUUGAACGGUGUCAACAACAAGCACUCUAGCAAUGCGCAGUACUGCCAGGCUCAGACGGACACCUACCGUAACGCUACGGCUGGUGCUCUCUUCUGGAGCUGGACCAUGGAGAACUGCAAGGAGAACGCCGGUUGGUGUUUCAAGGCGGCACUCCCUGGUUACAUGGACGGUGCCUACAACGCAUGGGGCUUCUCGGACAAGGUCUCGAACAAGACGAUCGAGACGGUUUCUAGCACCAUCAGCUCGACUUCGCUCCCGAGCUCCUACCGCUCGGCCAAGUCUCAGGUUAGUGCUUCGACGAAGAACUCGGCCAAGGUGUGCUCCAACUCGUCGUCGAACUCGAACUCGAGUGCGAGCGCCACUAGCAACGCUACGUCGGGUGCCCGCAACGCACAGGUCGUCAACAGCCACUCGGUGAGCAGCAAGCACGGUAAGUCGAGCAAGAGCAAGGCGUCGGGUAAGGGCCACCACCACCACCAUUCGAGCAGCACGAGCAGCCACGCUUCGCACCACCCGAGUCACCACUCGAGUUCGUCGAGCAAGAGCCACUCGCGCCGCGCGUCCAAGAUUCUGGGCGGUGGCCCUGCUGCCCGCGCCGCCCAUUUGGUGAGCCGCGCGGCCGCAUCGGAGACGAACGCUGGAAAUCUCGGGUACGCAGACGGGUUCUUGACUGCCCAAUCGUUUGCAAAUCAACUGACGCUUUCCCGCGUUGGAUUUGUCGAGCAGUACUUGUCAGACACAGUGAGCUACUACAAGAAGGCUAAGGUCGUGACGUCUCAGACGACGAGCACGUACAAGAAGCAGUUCAACAAGGGGCUUCACAAGCUCGAGCAGGACGUCGUGAAAAAGGUGCAGGACUUGGUCAACAACUAA